UAGGAAGUCGCUUCUACUGUGAAUUUUAAGCGAUCGAGUCUCCUGUCCCCUCCCUGCACCACAUCAUCGGACGCAGCAGUUUAAAGACUUUUUUUUUAAAAAAAGGAAAAGGCAGAGACAAACAGCGUGCAGUUCACAGACACCUUCAGCUUGCGUAGUGAAGUUGGAAAAGCGUCAGUUGAUAUUGACUAAACGCGAGGUGGUGAUUGAGACUGAAACGGGUGCGGAACAUUGGUAUUUGCCAAGUCCAACAGAGGAGGAGAACGCUAAAUCGAGGCACAGUUAAUUCAAAAUCAGCAUCACCAAAACAAAUGAACAAUGUUGAUUUAUCUCUUCACGUCAUACGGCUCCCACGUAAAAGUCUCCAAGGGACUGUCGAAGCAUUUUAUAAUCGACCUGAGUCAGAAUGUGAUCCUCAGUUAACUCGUAAAAUGCCGCGAGAAAACACUCUCGGGGUUCUCCUUGCGCUGUUUAACAAAGCCCGGGACUGAAUAGGACGGUUCAUUUACUCUCCGGGCCUUUCUCCUGCUCCAGGUUUCCUAUUUAAGAAACGUCCGAGUGCCCGAUUUUCUCAAGACAGAAUAUGAAUAACUCCAGCAUCCAGGACGAUGCCUCAUGUCCGAACAUUAACACGUUCAAAACUCAUGCCUUUGUACCAACGUACCUCACCGUAUUUAUUUUUGGAUUUAUUCAAAAUGUCUUCUGUUUAUAUGUAUUCCUGAAGUCAUACAAGAGGAAGACGGCAUUCAGCAUCGUCAUGGUAAACCUGGCAAUAUCGGAUCUCCUUUUUGUCUGCACUUUGCCCUGGCGUGUGCACUAUUAUUGGAACGACAGCAAAUGGAACUUUUCACAUGCUUUCUGCAUAAUCCUGACUUAUGCCCUGUACCUCAACAUGUACUGCAGCAUCUAUUUUCUGACCCUGAUGAGUGUUUUGCGCUAUUUCGCAGUCGUGCAUCCAAUGAAAGGUUUGAAGUACAGGAAUGUUAGAUCUGUGCAAAUCAUGUGUGUCGCAAUAUGGGUGUUUGUGGGGGCAGUAUCCAGUCUUUUACAAAUUGACGAUUACAAAAUGACAAAUGAAACACAUGAAAAAUGCUUUGAAUUCAGUCAUUCGAGUAGUCAAAUAUAUCCCAUGAAUUUAUUUGCCCUGAUCGUGGGUUGCAUUAUUCCGUUCUUUAUAAUCACCGCAGGCUACAUAUUUGUUGCUAAGGCUUUGCUAACUUCAAAGAUAACGCAUCGUCAGCAAAUGACCUCCCGCAGAAAAGCUGUUAUCAUAAUUAUUAUUGUAAUUAUUAUAUUUCUAACCUGUUUUUUGCCUUAUCACAUAAUACGAACAGCGUACGUUACCCUAAUGUUGAACAAGGAAACUGUAUCCCCAACUUUUUGUACAGUUCAAACGGGGUCCGUGGUUACCCUAUGUAUUGCAGCGAUGAACCCCUGCUUGGACCCGUUUUUAUAUUACUUUGCAGCGGAGAACUUCAGAGACAAGGUGACAAGCAUAGUGCAGAACAUACUCAAAGUCAUCACCCUGGCGAUUAAUCAAACCUGAUUGAACUAUGCAUUUGUAAAUCCAGUUAUCAUCAUUUAUGACAGAUGAUUUGCAGUAUUUCCUCCAUUGCGAAAUACGAAAAUGUGACGUUUAAAGUUACUUUCUAACGACUAAUUAAUUUCGGUUUACUGCCGUGGCGAUUGUAGCCUUCAAGAAAGUAACUCAGUACAACCUUUUCUGAGAUAAUGGGAACUGCA